GACCAUAGAGAAAAGAACAUCGCCAUUUUAAGCGCGAAUAUAUGGACAUGAUGAACUCUGACUAUUCCGGCAUUGAAACAUCGACACUCUGUGAGAUAAAAAAAAUCUGUAAAAAAAUACAAGGGUUCUAUAACGACUUAAAGGAGGAAAUAACACCAUACAAAGACGAUCGAUUCUACAGGUUAGCCCCCAUGCGUCUUUACACUCUCACAAGAAGGCAUUUUGCUGUGGUGUUUGUGGUUUUCCUGAUGUGCUUUGGGCUCACGGUCUUCGUUGGUGUAGCAGGACCAAAGAUCAUAACAGAGAACUUCUACAAUGGUUUAAGCACCAGUGCCAAUGGGUCUAAGACUGGACCCUUUUACCUGAAAUCACCAACACUAUCCAAUUAUAAUCAACAGCUGUGGCUCACAUGCCUCAUACAAAUAGCUCAAAUCAAUGAAGAAGAGUUCAGAAAAAAGUUUGACAUGAAUGUGGAUUUGAAAGGUGUAAUACAGGAUGCCAGCAUCAUGGACAUCAGUAAUAAUGUGCAACAUAAAUCACGUGUUCUGCACUGUGCAACACCUCAAGAGUUAUGCGAUGAGAUCAUCAUUGUGCACCUGGGUUACCUGAACUACACACAGUAUAAAAUCAAUGUUACCCUGAAGGACCUGGAGGGCAUUUCACAAAAUAUCCAAAAUGUCACAUUUGUGGUCAAGACCUACAACCCUACAUUCUCCCAGGUGGAGAUCUGGUUCCGAUUUGUGUUUGUGGUCAUAACAUUUACAGUGACAUGUAUGUUUGCUCAUUCCUUGAGGAAAUUUCCAAUGAGGGAUUGGGGGAUAGAGCAGAAGUGGAUGUCAAUUCUAUUGCCGUUACUUUUGCUGUAUAACGAUCCAUUCUUCCCAUUGUCAUUCCUGACAAAUAGCUGGUUUCCUGGAAUGCUGGAUGCCAUUUUUCAAGCUUUGUUCCUGUGUGCUCUGCUACUGUUCUGGCUCUGUGUAUACCAUGGAUUCAGAGUACAGGGCGAGAGGAAGUGUUUGACGUUCUACUUGCCAAAGUUGGUGCUUGUGGGGCUUCUGUGGUUCUCCGCUGUUAUCCUGGGGAUAUGGCAAUUGGUAAAUGAACUACAGGAUCCCACAUAUCAGUAUGACAUUGACAUCAAACAUUUUCAGGGCAUGAAAGUAUUCUUCCUCUUGUUGGUUGCUAUGUAUGUCUUGUAUCUGGGGUUUCUGCUUUUGAGAGCAUGGUCGGAACUAAAGAACAUGCCUUACUCAGAUUUAAGGUUGAAGUUUCUGACAGCGCUGACAUUUCUGGUUUUGAUUAUUAGCAUGAUCAUACUUUACCUGCGAUUUGGCUCAAAAGCUCUACAAGACAACUUUGUUGCAGAACUCUCCAUCCACUAUCAGAAUUCAGCUGAAUUUGUGUCCUUCUAUGGUCUUCUUAAUUUUUACCUUUACACAUUAGCAUUCAUCUACUCGCCCUCCAAAAACACCCUGUAUGAUUCUCAGCUGAAAGAUAACCCUGCCUUUUCCAUGCUGAAUGACUCAGAUGAUGAAGUAAUAUAUGGGAGUGAUUAUGAGGUGAUGCCUCUUCAAAAUGGUCGUGCUAUCAAAACCCCUUCCAAGUACCAGGAUGAGACUGACAGUGACUGAUAUGAAUUGUCAGUUCCAGUUGGGAUGUGUGUAAUGGCAGAAAGAAUACAUUGGUCAAUGGUUUGAUUCAGUAAUGUCAAUAAUAUGCUGUAUAUGAAAAAAUAUAUAAGAAAUUAAUAUUUUUAAGAUGAAUGUGAUAAAGCAAUUCUUUCUGUAGUACAGAAUGGAGUGACAUUUUCAAGAUAACACUUAAUUAUUAAAAUUGUUAAUCAUCAAAUGUAAAACCUAAACACAGUUCUGAAUGCUUGUGACUUACAGUAAAUUGAUAAUGUAGAACCGAACUGUAGUUUUUGCACCCCUCUCUUCCCCGUUUUUUGUUGAUUUAGGAAUGACUAAGUGUAUGAGUACUUGAGUCACUUUGCCAGAAUGCAUUCCUGUUUAACUACUUUUUUAUUUAUUUAAUAAAAAUGUAUAUUUUACAGUCUGUAUGGCACAUUUUGCAUUGCAGAGUUGUCAGUAUAUUCAGAUUAGUUUUUUUGCAUAAUUAUAUUGUGAUAUAAUUAUAUUGUUUCAUAAAAAAUGUUUUGUUGCCAAAUAUAUAUAUUUUU